CAUCACCAAUCGAUCCCCGUACACCACAUGAUUCCAGAGAGAGUCGAUUGUUCGUGUACUCUGUAUCACAUCAACUGAUCGGGGGACUCAGGUGCAGCAGGCUCUCUCGGAGACCCUCACACAGGGUCGGACCCGGAGCUUUCAGUCAUGGUCUUCGAGUCUCUGGUCAGCGACCUGCUCAAUAGGUUCAUCGGAGACUAUGUGGAGAAUCUGGACAAGUCCCAGCUCAAGAUCGGGAUCUGGGGAGGAAAUGUCGUGCUUGAGAACCUGAAGGUGAAGGAGAACGCUUUGAGCGAGUUUAAUGUGCCGUUCAAAGUGAAGGCCGGACAGAUUGGUAAGCUGACGUUGAAGAUUCCCUGGAAGAAUCUCUACAAUGACGCUGUGGUCGCCACGUUGGAAGGGCUGUACCUGCUGGUUGUUCCUGGAGCCA